AGGUCCCGGUGUCGCGCAAGCUGCCCGGCGAACCGAAGCUCAUACUGACCAAGGGCCCGGGUUCCGCCGAGAUGGCCACCUCCAGCGGCGCCGUGUACACGACGGAAAACGACGGGAGGAAUUGGACUUCUAAGGUGAAGGAGACAGUGGACGCCACGCUGAAUCGCGUUUCUUCGAGCGGAGUGAAGGGGGCCAGCUACUUCACUGGGUCUGUGAAGGGCAUCAAGAGAUCCGACGCUGGCCAAUACCUUGCUGUGGCCCAGCGCGGCAACUUUUAUCUGACCUUCUCAGAAGGCGAGGACCGCUGGGUCCCGCACAACCGGAUCUCCGCGCGCCGCAUCCAGGCGAUGGGCUUCCGGAGCGACAACAACACCAAGACCUCGCCUGGUGUUUGGAUGAGUCUCAACGGUGGGUAUCUGACGCAAGCCACUAACCAGCAGUACGCCGAGAUGACUGCCGAAACCAAGGACCUCUUCGACUUUUCAAAGAUCCGCACUGGCGGCAUCGGCAUCAUCGACCUGGCCUUCCGCACGGCGACUGAGGGCUGGGCUGUUGGAGGCAGCGGCGUCAUCUACUACACCAUCGACGCUGGCAAGACCUGGGGAUUUGACACCUCUGGCAGUGAGCUGCCCUGCAACUUGUACAACGUAAAGUUCUUCGAGAAAGGCAAGGUUGGCUACAUGAUCGGCUCUCAGGGAAUUCUUCUGCGGAAGGCGUUUGAGGCGUGAUGACCAGUAGAUGGCCGGCCUCUUGCAUUGCACCUGCCUCAGCCGUGCGGUUGAGGAAUUGUAGCAGUUUGGCAUAGCAGACGCCGACGACGCGCAAGCUAAGAGUUUCUGUCCAUGGCGCUUUUUCUUCCUCUAAGUAAGAGGCGCUGGAGCGACCCAGAGCGUUCCAGAACGCUCCGGAACGAUUUUGCCUCUCUGAUCCUGUCCCUGUCCUGGCUUCGUCU